CUCGGCCUGGCCCGGCCUGGAGGCAGCGGUCUCCCGGCGGCCCAUGCAGUCGCGGGUGCUGUACCUGGGCGGCGGGGCCGGGGCCCCCGCUGCGCGCAGGGUCCGCCUGCUCCUGCGGCAGGUGCUGGGCGGCGGCGCGGCCGCGGCGCGGUCCGGCCGCCUGGAGAUCAGGGCGCUGCACGGCUCAGGUGAUACUGUCACUAUUGGAGAUGUGUCCUUUAAACUCAAAACACCGAAGAACCCAGAAUUCGUUCCACAGAACUACAUGACAGAUUCUUUGGCCCAGGCCAUAGUCCACCAUUUAAGAUGGAUAAUGCAGAAAGAUCUUCUUGGCCAAGAUGUCUUUCUUAUUGGUCCUCCUGGGCCUCUCCGGCGAUCUAUUGCCAUGCAAUAUCUGGAGCUAACAAAGCGGGAGGUUGAAUAUAUCGCCCUGUCGAGGGACACCACAGAAACUGACCUCAAACAGCGACGGGAGAUCCGAGAUGGCAGUGCUUUUUAUCUUGAUCAGUGUGCAGUUCGUGCAGCUACUGAAGGCAGAAUCCUUGUGCUGGAAGGUUUGGAGAAGGCUGAGCGGAACGUCCUGCCGGUGUUAAACAAUUUACUGGAGAAUAGGGAAAUGCAGCUUGAAGAUGGUCGUUUUCUUAUGUCUGCAGAACGUUAUGACAAACUUCUGCAGAGUCAUACAAAAUCAGAGUUAGAUGCAUGGAAGAUUGUUCGGGUUAGUGAAGAUUUUCGAGUGAUAGCAUUGGGCCUGCCAGUACCCAAAUACUCUGGUAACCCUUUGGAUCCUCCCCUUCGGUCUCGAUUUCAAGCUAGAGAUGUUUAUCAUCUGCCCUUUAAGGACCAUCUUCAGCUAUUAUAUUCAAUUGGAUCAAACAUUUCCACAGAGAGAAUUUCUCAGCUCCUGUCUUUUGCUACAACUCUCUGCUCUCAAGAAUCUUUUACAUUGGGACUUCCAGAUUUUCCUUUAGACAGCUUAUCGGCUGCAGUUCAGAUUUUGGAUUCCUUUCCUAUGAUGUCAGUCCAGCAUGUUGUUGACCGGCUUUACCCCUAUAAUGUUUUCCUUGGAAAGGAAGGCAGAACUGCAGUCAAAGAUGCAUUAAAACGUUUUGAGCUUCAGGAUUCAGAAAGCCACUUGCUUCCCCAAAGGAUUACCAAAGUAGAAAGGGCACAUGGAAACAAACCCUUCAAGGCUGAUGUAACUGUCCAGAUUGGUGAAAAAGAAGUGACGUUCCAGGUUCCAGCUGGGACUGGGCUGUUAAAAAAGCAUUCUCGAUCAGACACUUUUAUAAAGACUUCCAGCCAUAAUCAACUGUUGGCAGAAAUGAUGCAAUCCCAUAUGGUUAAAGAUAUGUGUUUAAUUGGAGGAAAAGGCUGUGGCAAAACAGUUAUUGCUAAGGAGUUUGCUGAUAUACUGGGAUACAGCAUAGAACCUAUCAUGCUGUACCAGGAUAUGACAGCUAGAGAUUUGCUACAGCAAAGGUAUACGCUUCCUAAUGGAGACACUGCUUGGAGACCAUCGCCACUUGUUACUGCUGCCCUGGAAGGAAAGCUUGUUAUUCUUGAUGGCAUUCAUCGAAUUAACCCUGGCACUCUAGCUGUACUUCAAAGACUAAUACAUGACAGAGAACUGACCCUCUAUGACGGCACCAGGUUGUUAAGGGAAGAUAGAUAUCAAAACUUAAAAGAAGAAUUACAGAUCUCGGAAGAGAAACUACAGGAAAGGUCUAUCUUUCCUAUCCAUCCUUCUUUCAGAAUAGUGGUCUUAGCAGAACCGCCUGUCAUUGGAAGUAGCACCCAACAGUGGCUGGGUCCGGAGUUUCUGACACUGUUUCUUUUUCAUAAUGUUCGAUCUUUAAAUAAGAGUGAAGAAAUGGAAGUUAUAAAAAAGAUGAUUCCAAAUGUACCCAGUGUUGCUGUGGAGCAGUUGUUGUCAUUAACGCACAAGCUUCGUGAGACAAAUGACACCACGGCACAGUCACUCGCUUCAUCUUUAUCUACUCGACAACUAUUGCGAAUUUGUCGUCGACUGUCACAAUAUCCAGAUGAAAGCCUCUAUUACGCUGUUAAUAAAGCCUGCCUUUCCAGGUUUUUACCAAACCUUGCCAGAUCAGCUUUACAUAAAAAUCUGCAGGACUGUGGUAUUGAGACAAGUCCAGAUGACGCGAAGAAGCUAGAGGAAAAGCAUUACACAUGUGAAAUAAAAAAUGGGAUUCUGAAGAUAGGGUCUGUGACGAUGCCGAUUUAUAACUCAUCUGAGAAAAUGAAAGUGCCUGAUGUUUUGUUCUAUGAAAAUACGCAACACAUGAUGGUAAUGGAAGAUAUGCUCAAGGACUUUCUGCUGGGAGAGCAUCUGCUUUUAGUUGGCAAUCAGGGUGUUGGAAAAAACAAGGUUGUUGACAGAUUCCUUCAUCUUUUAAACAGGCCCAGAGAGUAUUUACAGCUGCAUAGGGAUACCACUGUACAAAGCCUUACGCUACAACCUUCUGUCAAAGAUGGUCUUAUUAUAUAUGAAGAUUCACCACUGGUAAGAGCAGUGAAGUUUGGACAUAUUUUGGUAAUUGAUGAGGCAGACAAAGCACCAACAAAUGUUACCUGCAUCUUAAAAACUUUAGUAGAAAGUGGGGAAAUGGUUUUGUCAGAUGGAAGGCGAAUUGUUGCCAAUAAUGCUCAUGUAGAGGGGAGAGAAAAUGUCAUAGUUAUUCAUCCUGAUUUUAGAAUGAUAGUUCUAGCAAAUAGACCAGGAUUUCCUUUCUUGGGGAAUGACUUUUUUGGCACAUUAGGGGACAUUUUUAGUUGCCAUGCUGUUGAUAAUCCCAAACCAGAGUCUGAACUGGCUAUGCUUAGACAAUAUGGUCCUGAUGUUCCAGAGCCAAUUCUUCAGAAACUGGUGGCUGCUUUUGGAGAACUCAGGAGCUUGGCUGACCAAGGAAUUAUUAACUAUCCCUAUUCAACUAGAGAAGUUGUGAAUAUUGUAAAACAUUUACAGAAAUUUCCAACUGAAGGACUGGCAAAUGUUGUUCGAAAUGUAUUUGACUUUGACUCCUACAACAACGAAAUGCGUGAAAUUUUAAUCAGCACUUUGCACAAAUAUGGGAUACCUAUUGGAGCAAAACCGACCAAUGUACAGCUGGCCAAGGAACUGCCACUACCAGAUCAUAAAUUUAUGGGCUAUUGGAAAGUCACUCAGCCAGGGAAUGCACAACAGAAACUGCUGUGUCCAACAGAAACGCAAAAAAUAGAUGUAAAGGGUCCUGUGUACUUAAAUAUUCAAGGAUUUCCACUGGAACGACAGGAAGCCAGGUCCCUCAGUUUCACAGAAGAACUUGCUUUUUGGACACUGCCUUUGGAGGAAGUUAACUUUGUUUGUGAUGUGGCAGUAACAAAAGAAGAGGAAGCUGAAAAUGUUCUUUACGUUACUACGUGCAAUCCAGUUUCCUUGUUCUUCAUGAAUGUUUCUAGUAAGAGCGGAUACUUUGUGGAUCUUUAUGACCUCUUCCCAAGAACAGUUGGAAGUGUCUGGCAGCCUUUUGUGACUGUGGCACCGCUGGGAAAUCCACUCAAAGGUCAAGUGAUUCUACAUGAAGAGGAGAGUAAUGUUGUGUUGUUGCUGGAUACAAACAAUGGUGCCCUUCGCCAGCUUUUGCUCUUACCAGAUGACCAAGAGUCUCCUAAGAGAUCAUCUUGGUGGAGCAGCAAAGAAGAGAGGAGCAACUACAAAAUGUGCCGGGAGUUUUCACACAAAAACUGGCUGGUGUUGUACAAAGAAACAGGAAACCGCCUUAUUGUACUGGAUGUAUUAGAGGGUCAAACUCAUACCAUCUCACUUCCGAUCAGUCUGAAAUCUGUUUUCCUGGCAGCUGAAGACCGGUGGCUCUUGGUGGAAAAUGAAACAAAUCAGAAAUUUCUUUUAACCAAGCGUGCCAAUAUGGAAGCUGAAGACAGUGGGGUUUGCCAGCUGUAUGCAUUGAGUGAAGAGCCAGCUGACGUGGGAUUUGGCUUAACAACAGCGUCAGAACUGUGUGUGCCGCAUGCAGUUUCAAGUGACCAGCUAUCUUCAGAAAACCUCAGUGCAGCUGUGGGACAAAAGAUCAGCUCCCCCAACAGGAUUUUCUCAGAUGAGCAUAAUUACGCUACUAUUGUUAUUGGUUUCCCAGACCUUUUGUCUCCUAGUGAAGUGUAUAGCUGGAAAAGAAACUCCUCUCUGAGCUGCAAACGUGCUUCUCCUUCUGAUCCAUUUUAUUAUGGAGCCCAGAGGAAAAAAAGAGCUGCAAAACAAACCAAUUGUGUAACUUUAUUGGCUUCUAAUCAAAUAGUCAGAAUUUUAGCACCUGGAGAUGUGCCUUUGAAAGACAUUUACCCAAAAGAUGUCACUCCUCCAGAAGCUGCUGGUUACUUGGAAGUAACAGAUCUUAACUCAAAGAAAAUCAAAUACAUUGCUAUUCCAAGAUCACAAUCUCUCUCUCCAUAUACAGCUUGGCUUUCUAAGAUCUCAGAUGCUGAUGCCCUUUUGGCACCACUGGGCAAAGUAGGUUUGGUUAGUGUGGACAUGGGAGGUGGUGUGAGGCUUUGGGAGACGGGGCUGGACAGCCUCCAGCGGUCACUGCAGGACUGGAGGAACAUGAUUGGCCAAGAAGAUGGUCAUCCUGUGCAGAUAACUAUUCAGAGGGACAGUGGUUUGGAUGUCAGUUCCCCCAAACAUGGAAAAGUGGAUCCAGACAACAUGCCACAUGUUGGUGGAAAUACUUGGGCUGGUGGAACAGGUGGGAGAGACACUGCUGGGUUAGGUGGCAAAGGUGGGCCCUAUCGACUGGAUGCUGGCCACAGGGUUUACCAAAUAUCUCAAGCUGAAAAGGAUGCUGUUCCGGAGGAGGUUAAGAGAGCUGCUCGAGAGAUGGGUGAAAAGGCCUUUAAACAGAGAUUGAAAGAGAUUCAGAUGAGCGAAUAUGAUGCAUCAACUUACGAAAGGUUCUCUGGAGCAGUCCGACGUCAAGUUCAGUCACUCCGCAUCAUCCUGGACAAUCUGCAGGCCAAGGGUAAGGAAAGACAAUGGCUGAGACACCAAGCUGUUGGAGAGCUAGAUGAUGCCAAAAUCAUUGAUGGGCUGACAGGAGAAAAAGCCAUAUAUAAACGACGGGGAGAACUUGAACCACAACCUGGGAGCCCUCAGCAGAAACCCAAACGCUUGCGCCUGGUGGUAGAUGUUUCCGGUAGCAUGUACCGCUUUAACGGGGUGGAUAGACGCCUGGAACGCUCCAUGGAGGCUGUCUGCAUGGUCAUGGAAGCUUUUGAGAAUUAUGAGCACAAAUUCAAGUACGAUAUCGUUGGACAUUCAGGAGAUGGCUUCAACAUUGCCUUGGUUGGAAGUGACAAAGUUCCCAAGAACAAUAAGCAAAGAUUAGAGAUUCUUAAGACCAUGCAUGCCCAUGCUCAGUUCUGCAUGAGUGGAGACCAUACCUUGGAAGGGACAGAGCAUGCCAUUCAUGAAAUUGCCAAGGAAGAGGCUGACGAGUAUUUUGUUAUCGUCUUGAGUGAUGCAAAUCUCGAGCGAUAUGGUAUUCGCCCAUCAAGGUUUGCUCAAGUCUUGACCACCAAUGCUCAAGUCAAUGCUUUUGCCAUAUUUAUAGGAUCCUUAGGAGACCAGGCAGAUAGCUCGAGCAGAGUGAGAGAACGCCCAAAGGGAAUUGGCACUCAGUACACAGUUUUAGUCAGAAAAGGGUUGAGACAUAUGGCUGCACAGUCACCAUCAGUUGUGUCUGCAGGCUGCAGAGGAUGCUACCAGCAGGUCGGUCUUUUAUUGCCAUGGAUACCAAAGAGAUCCCCCAGAUUCUGCAGCAGAUCUUCACAUCUACCAUAUUGUCAAGUGCCUAAGCGUCACUGGUGUCACGGUGCAUGAAUUCAAAGAAGAAACCUGCUCCUGCUGGAGAUAGAAACUAACACUGAGGAUAAACACAGUUAUUAAUAAGAUACAUACUGUUCUUUAAUCAGCAAAGCGACCCAAAUCUGCUCAACAGCCAAGCUGUAAGAUUUCACCCCCAAUUUCUCAACCGACUUAGUGCGUUCAAAGAACUGCAGUGAGGCGGAGGCAAAUCGCAGGAUGGCAGCAGAGUGAAUGUUUUUCCGGAGGGAUGAAUAAAUAAAGGACAGUUUGUGAACAUUCCUCUGCCAGCCAUGUUGCCAGCACUAUGGUAUCAUCUCAUCCUGUUUUAUUAAAUACGGGUCGCUGGGAUUUCAUAAUAUUAUGUAAGGCAGAGCCAGGCAAUCUGCUUUGGUGUUUUGCGUGCAUCUGUUUGAAUGGGUAGUUAACUCCAUCUUUGGUUUAAACAGGACUGCUUUUGUCAGGCAGGAAACCUUUCCUUCCUCUGCUGUGGCGUUCUUGUCCUGACUGGGAUCGGGGCUUCACCACUGGUUGCUGGGAACAAUGGAGCAGUUUGGAAACACUGACUGUCGCGUGUAAACAUUCAUUAUCUGAUCAGGCACGGUGCUCAGAUCUAGAGAAAGUGGAUGUUAAGAAGGAAAACAAAACAAAAACAGAUUCAUUCAGUUCUGCCUGUGAAAAAUAAGGGGAAAGGGUCAAAACUGGAACCCAACUGCCAGCGUUUCCAGAGAGGGAACUAUUGCUAUGUCUCCUUUGCAUGACCAGUGAUGCUGUCCCACUGCACUGUUGCCCAGAAUACCUGGCAUAGCCUCAGUACAUGGAGGUGCCUUUUUGGUCGGGAGACAGAAAAGUUACUAAUGCUUUGGUAGAGCUCCUUCAUGAUCUAUUUUGCUUGGGUCUUUUGAAGGUGAAACUGGAGAUGAGAUCUAGGCAUGAGAGAAUACAUUCUUUUUUAUAAAGGAGGAGGGAAAAAAAUCUGUUUUAGCAAGAUAUCCAUAUUGGGGUAUAUUUAAUAUCCAGGAUAGUUAUAAGGACUUAUUUUCUGAUUCAGUUGGCUAGUGUUUGACUGUUCCAUAAGGCAAUAGUUCCUCUUUAUUCACUAAAGAAGAGAUACCUUGUGAGGCAUCUUGUGGGAACACUGGAAUACUUGAUGAAUUGAAUGUAUGAUUUAUUUAAGCUUGGGCCAGGGGGUAUGUAUCACUGAAUCUCUGCUGAUACUAAUUUGAGGGUAACUGAAUAGAAAAAAGUCAAGGCAGAGUACUUACUUUUAAAAAUCUGAAGAGGAAUUACAAUACUUCUAAUAUUUGUCUUAAUCCUGCAGUUGCUCAAAGUGCACUAUGAGCAGUGUAUUUAGAGGGGAGGAGGCAAAUUAAUUUGAUCUUGUUAAUACAACCAUCAUUGUUUUAAAGGGUCCAGUUUCAAGUGGUCAUUCUCUACUCCAUCAGUCCUGCAGCAAAAGUCUUUACCAGAGCAUCAGAAAUGUCCCAUAUUUAGGGUGUGUUUCAAAGCCUGGCCAGCUUUGAAACUCUUUAUGGCAAGAGAGGACGGAAGACGUUUUUCAAAGGCUUGUUGGUAUUGUUAUGAUAACUGUAUAUGUGAAAACAAAGAGGUUGAAGAUGCAAUUCCUGUUUAGAGAGAAGGGAAUUGGGAGGAGAAGGUUAAGAAGGUUAUCCCUGGCGGGGACAAAUGCAUGUACAUGCACAUACACACAGACACAGCGAAAAAGGGGAAGUGCACUUCAAAAUACAAAUAUCUUGGUCCUGUAAACAUAUGAUGAGAUACGAAAUGCAAUAAAGAAUUGGCAUAUUAAUAAG